AUCACAUCGAUCGGCUACGAUCUGUCAUUAUCCACGGCGUGUUCACCGCACAAAACUGAUACAGUCAUUCAACGAUGAUUUAACGAUAAACGAAACGCGUUGGCAGUCUGAAGGUUUUAGCAGUUAGAAGUGAGCAUGUAAUCAUACUUGAUGCGUCUCGUUCAUUUUCUUUUUCUUACAACACUCAUUUCGAAUGCGUCUAUGGCAAGUGUUUAUUUUGUCAUCGACGGAGAUCAUCUUAUCCUAUUCAAUUCACCAUGUCAUUUUCCUGACCAAAAUAACAACAUCGGUCGUAGUUUCCACGAUAUUAUCGACAGAUAGAUUCUAAUAUUUUCGGUAAACGAGCCGUGAAUCAUAACAGGUCGUGGCCGGUUGUUUGUUCAUUCGUGGUGUCAUAGAAAUAUCCGUGUUGUCAUCCGAGGACAGUUCACUGGUUGUAUUAUAGCUAUGAUCCGUCGACUGAGGUUCUUGUAUCAGUCGUUUACGGGGAGCGGGGUUUGCAGAUUCGUCGGAGGAUUCGCGUGGUGAAGUAUGGAACCGAUGCGCUCCUUGAGCACUUUUUCGUGAUUCUGAUACUGAUGUUUCCGUUUCUGGUCUCGGUCUCUUGGUGUGAAUUGGAAGAAUUUAAAUCGCAUUAGGUGGUGGGUUUCUCGAGAGCGCGUCGGCGUUAGAGUUAGCCCUGCCCUUUCUAUACACGAUGUCGUAUGAAUAUUCGUCUAGCGUCAGCCUCUAACGUGAGAUUCGAGAUGUUCGGUCUGUUACGCUAUCAAUCCAAAUGAGUGGUUUAUGGUCCGUUACCAAUGUGAAAUUGCAACCGUAUACGUAUGGCCUAAAAUGCUUUUCUGCGAGAAUGAUAGCUAAUUAUUCUUCGUCCGUUGUAGAAUAAUUCGUUUCGGCCUUUUGAAGUGUUCGCGAUGCAUGUGCUAUGGGAAGGUCCUCGCCUAUCUUGCCCUGACUCAGUACCGCGCCUAUCGCGUGAUUCGAUGCGUCCGUUGUUAUGACGGAAGGUUUUUCGAAGUCCGGGUACUGUAAAAUCGGUUCGGCACAGAUGGUGUCGCGCAACAGUUCGAAUGCUGCCUGAUGCUCGGAUGUCCAAAGGAAUGCUGUAUUCUCCUUAAGUGGGUCAUUUAUUGGCUUAGCGAUUUUGGCGAAAUCAGGAAUAAAUCUGCGGUAGUAUCCGAUUAAUCCUAGAAAUUGUUUGAUCUGUUUUGUUUCGUUCCAUCACGCAUAGGCCAAUGUCCGCCUGAGUUUUGUCCAAGGUUCGUUUGGAUCUAUAUGCGCGCUUAAGGUCUCUAAGGCCGCUGUCCCAUGGACUCCGUAUUCGUUGCGGAGUUAUUCCGGUCAACCGAUCCGCAAUCUAGGGUUUUUCCAAGGGCCAAUCAGCGACGUUCCGGUCAUUUUGUUCCGUGUACAUUGCGGGCAUUCGUAAAAUUUUACGCAACAAGUCGAUUGCUCAGAAUAAAACAAGUAAACUAACCUUAAACAACAAAGCAAACUCAAGAAUAAAAUAAAUUUGUAAUAAUAAAAAAUACGGCAUCGCAUGCAAGAAGUACACAAUGAACCAGUCCAUCGAUCCCGAAUUUAUGCUACUGUUGUGAUUGACAGCCCGUCAAGUGUGGAUAUUGCGGAUGGCUGAUAGGGGGUUGUAACAAUAUUAUUCAGCACAAGUGCUUCAUGCACUUCACUGAAGAAAAUGACCUGCUCCACGUUGAUGACAAUUUUGUUGUAACUUAUAUCCCGAGGGUGGAUACUAUCUCAACAAAUACGCAAAUAACUACCGACGAGACCUCCCAAAUUGAAGGAAGAGAUGAAAUUUUGAUACAAGCCGUAUUCAUGAGACCUGCACUUUAUAAUAUCAAGCUGCCCAUCAAGAAGCGAACAAAACUUAAAAAGGAUGCACUGUGGCUAGAAGUUGGCCAAGCGCUUGGAGGAACAAUGACAACUGAGGCGAUCAAGAAGCGAUGGCAAUAUUUAAGGGAUUGUUUCACCAAAUCGAGAAAUAAACUUAUGAAGUACAAGCCAAGUGGGUCUGCUGCUGACAUUUUGAACAAAGGAAAACAAUGUUUCCGGUUCUAUGAGCAAAUGAGUUUUUUAUGCGACUCGCUACCAAGCAUUCCAACUGUGAGUAAUAUUGAGCCAUCUUCAACCGCAGCCGCCACCUCAAAUGAUAGUGGAUGUUCUAGUGUUCCGCCUAACUGCAACAUUUCGUAUGUUUCUCCUGCUACUUCGUCAGGGGGAUCGACAUCUUCGUCUGUUGACCCAUUCGAUGUAGUGAAUAAUUCAAUGAGGUCACCACCACCACCCUCAAGGACUCCAACACCAGGAGCAAAAAGGCGAAAGACCACAGCUGACAAUAACGUCGAAUUGCGAUCUGCACUAGUAUCUGCAUUGCAAGAAAAAGUACCACAAACAGAUGCAGUGGACGGGUUCCUGGCUAGGCUGGGCGAAGGCUUGCGGAGGAUUCCGUAUCGUGAGAGAUGCCGACUAGAAAUUAGUUUCCUAACCCAGCUGAUGGAGGUUGAAGAUCAAUUAAAUUUACCAGACUGAAAUUCUAUGCUUCAGAACUUAUUUUUGGACAUGUUUUGAAAUAGAGUUGUACUUCUUUUGCUGACUA